GCAGGCACCAGAGAGACACAGAAUUUGUUUAUACCACAGCAUGAGAGGAAGCAGAAAUGCAAAGAUGACAGCUCAAGCUCGCCACUUCAACAUCUUCAUCAGCUGCACAAUUUAUUUGAGCUUCACCUUCCGCAAAAGCCAUGGUUUUGAGGUGAUUCAACCACAGAACCAGACUGUAAACUCAGACGGGUCAGCCUCUAUCAGCUGUGAACACACUGCAAACGGCACCAUUGUCGAUGUUCGGCUCAUCGGCAUAUCACUUGGAGACAAACCUAUACAGACCAUUCUCUGCCAGAAGGGAAUGGACGCCUGUGAUAAAAUUAUAAUGCAUCAAGAGAAUCCCAAAAAGUUCCUUUUCAUCUUACUCAACAUUGGGCCGGUGGAGAUGAACAAGAAAUACGAGUGCGAGUUCACAGUGAAAUGUGAUAACGAUGUAGAUUACACCAGUACAGGAAGACAGACCGAACUACUACCAGGUCAAAAGGAAGCGGUCUGCAUAUCUCACCCUCCUCCUCCUCCUUCUUCUCCUCCUCCUCCUCCUCUUCCUGUUCCUCUGUCUCAUGAGCUCAGAUGGAUUCUGAUUGGUCUGCUGGCUCUCAUGUUCCUGUACAGCUGUGUCAUCACCUCCUUCUACAUCAGACUGAGGUUCAGCAACAGAGAACCUGACAACUCCACCUAUGUUGUAAUGAGGAAAGCUCCUCUGCAAAGGAAUCCACCUUUAGACAUUUAUUGUGGCUAAUGGAUUCAGCUUUCUUCACCACUGGCCUCACACUGACUGUAAUGAGAGGGAAGACAUGGAUCCUAGGAGGAACUCUUCUGACAGCUUUUUUUUCAUGCAGCUGGAAUCAUAAUCGCCAACAUUUGCAGUUUUCCAUUUUAUCUCAAGUCUCUUUUCCUACAUGAUUUGAAAACCAUUGUACUACUGAAUAUAAACAGAUAAACAGUGAGACAAAGACUGUCUAAAGUGGCCGUGCUGUAUGCUACUGUACAUCUGCUUUUAUAGUUGUGCAAUAUGGUAUUGUUAUAUAUUAUAUAUAUAUGGAUAUGUACAAUUAAUUAUUAAUCUUACCCCUUUUCAAUCAGAUACUUCUUAAUGGAAGCUAUAUAAUGCUUUGACUGAUUUUAUGUAUACCCCCAUACUUCAGAAAAGUAUUUAAAAGCUUUAAAAAUAUGAUCUUGACUAAAAUUUGUUUGGUUUGGCUUCUAUGGCUUGCACCUGCCUAAAUUAUUGUAUUUAGUUGUUUUCAAGUAAUGAACCCAAAGCAAACUUGUAAGCUCGAGAGCUAUAUUUUCCCUUUUUAAUAACCCUUAUUGAAUGAAAUUGUGUACAAUAGGGGGAAAAAUCCAGGGUAGAGUGCACAGAGGAGGAGAGGGAAAAUAGAGAGAAACUCCAGGAGGCAAUUUGUUUUUCCAAGGCCGGUAAAAGAAUCAUCCAAUCAUAGUGUUGGGUUUGACCUCAAGAAAAAUAUAUAUAGUACAAUAAUGAAAUGGUAACACCAGGGAAAGAGAGAACAUGAUAAGGAAACACAGUGAACAGAAAAUGAAUUAAUGGAAAACUCUUCACAGCUGCCCCAACUCUCUCUCCCUUUUUUUCCCGAUGAUGAAUUAAUCCAAAUGCCUUACAUAUGCACUAUAUAUGAUACUUUUUUGUUCAUUUCCAUUGUGAAUUGAAUGCAUUUUAUUUUACACUGUAUGAGUUCCAUUGCAGUUUUGGUGUUCAAGCACUUGCACAUUACAGUGUUACUGUUAUUAAUAUUUUUCUUUAUUAUCAUAUGUUUUCACUGGCCACUGGCUGUCCCAGGAGACAGUUUGGUGGGCCUCUGUCCAGUCACUAGCAGCUGGGCUUCACUGGUACAAAGGGCAUGGUGGAGAGGUCUUCAUCCAUUCCAGAAGAACAAGGCAAUUCUGGGACAAAUUUAUUGCUAUUAGUCAUUCCUCUGUGUAUGGGCCUCCUCCUGAAUAGGAAGGAGGAUAAUAAAUAAAUUAAUGCAUAGACAAUUAAGAUGGACAUUCUAGCCAACUCCUUUUCUGUUGCUGUUGGCCACGGUAGUACUUUACGUAUUAAUUUCUUGAAGUAUGAAUAUUCAGUUUUCUUCACGCUGUUUAAGGUAUCUUUUAUGUCACCUUUAAUUUUGACACAUUUUAUCAAAGAAGGAAAAGAAGGACAGUCCUAUCCAAAAUGACCUAACUAAAAGCUAAAUAAAAGUAAAAAAAUUCAA